UUGCGUAAGGUGACUGGUCAUCCAUUUGUUCUGUGUCGCGAGGCGUUGGCCGCCUGCAAUGGUGACUACUCUCGCGCGCUUGCCUGGCUCAAGGAGGAGGCAGCUAAGCGGGGUCUAGCAAAAGCCGAAAAGCUUAAAAGUCGACCAAUGUCGCAGGGUCUUUUGGGGAUGAUUUACAAGCCUAGCUGUGUGGCUGUUGUGGAAAUAAAUUGUGAGACUGACUUCGUAGCCCGGAACGAACAUUUUCAAUCUUUGGUUGCAUCCUCUACAGAAUCGUUGUUUAAACAUCUUUUGUCCGGAUUGCGGGAACCGGGUACUCAUAGAUUUUCUGAAGACUUUCUCAAAACACUUCCUUAUGCAGGACAACUGUCAAAAUCUGUGUCCGAUGUCUUGGUGGCAACUGUUGCAUCCGUAGGCGAGAAUAUAGCUAUUCCCCGCGGUAUUGGAAUGAUUCUUCCAGCUGAUAAGGUGACCGAAGUUAGUCAUCUCAUGGCUUAUUGUCAUGCAACCAACGUCGGUAGAAGGAAAACUGCCCACGACGUGCAUUUCGGGAAAUAUGUUGCCUUCUUGCGCUACCGCCACAUCAGCAAUCAGAAGGGGACGUUGGCAUGGCAAGAUCAGGCUUCUCGGGUUUGUCACCAGGUCUGCCAGCACAUAGUAGGAAUGAGCCCGCUGCCAAGCCUUGCGCUGGACAACGUUCCACCUGCCACAAACCCGGACGAUGAACGAUGUCUCCUUCGCCAGCCUUUUCUCUUCGACGAGGCAAUUACAGUUGGCGGGCUGCUGGAGCAGAACGAAAUCCUCCUGGAGGAUUUUGUUCGUGUCGAAUGUGGUGUUGAGGACGAAUGA